UUUUCAUUUUUACACAUCAUCAUCAAUCAAUAUAAAUAUAUAACUUCACAACUAACCGUUUCCCAAAACCUAUACACAUAUAUAUAUAUAUAUAUAAACAAAGAAUCAGUUACAUAAAACAGAAAUGGAGGCAGAACAGAAGCAACCUGUGAUGAUCGUUGGAGUAGAUGACAGCGAUCAUAGUUUUUACGCACUCGAAUGGACUUUAGAUCACUUUUUUACUGCUUCUAAUUUACAGUUUAAAUUAGUAGUUGUUCACUCCAAACCUUCUCCUACUGCCGCUAUCGGUUUCGCCGGUCCUGGUGUGGCCGAUGUCUUUCCGAUCGUUGAUUCGGAUUUGAAGAAGAUCGCCGCGCGAGUUGUGGAACGAGCUAAGGAGCUUUGCCAUUCGAAAUCGGUCGAUGAUGUGAAAUUUGAAGUUGUGGAAGGUGAUGCUAGGAAUGUACUAUGUGAAGCUGUAGAGAGGCACCAUGCUACAAUGUUGGUAGUUGGUAGUCAUGGUUAUGGAGCAAUUAAAAGGGCUGUUUUGGGGAGUGUAAGUGACUAUGUUACACAUCACGCCCAUUGUACAGUGAUGAUAGUGAAGAAGCCGAAAACCAAACACUAAGCAAACCUGGCAGCUUUACCCCGAGUAAGCAACAAAUGGUGGUUUUUGCUUGCUGUAAUUAUAUUCUUCCAGUCUUGGCUUUAAAUUGUUGUAGACAUUAGUGUCUGUCUACCUUAUCAACCAACUGCAACUUGAAAGGACGUUGGUCUUCAUUACUAGGGUGUUUGUGUAUGUGUCAUAUAAAGAUUAUAUGAUAGUGUUCGUCAUACAUGUUUGAUGGCUCUUAAUAAACCUGUAUUGACUAUUUGCUUCUCUUGAAACCCUUAGUAAAUGGAUGGCAAUAUGAAUUUUAUCUUA